AUGGGCUUCGUGGCAAUAUGUACCGCCAUUUACGAUUACAAGCCUCAAAGCACUGGCGAGCUUGAAAUCGACGAGGGCGAGCUGCUUUAUAUCCUCGAAAAGAGCCUUGAAGAUGAUUGGUGGAAGGCCAAGAAGAAAGCUGCAGGUGAUGAUGAGGAUGAGCCUGAGGGUUUGAUUCCAAAUAACUACGUCCAGGAUGCGAAGCCUACCCAUACCGCGAAAGCCCUUUAUGACUAUAGUCGCCAGACUGAUGAAGAGGUCUCCUUCUCCGAAGAUGCACCUCUGGAUGUUUACGACACCUCUGAUCCCGACUGGACCCUGGUCGGAUUCAAUGGUGAUUUUGGAUUUGCGCCUGCCAACUAUAUUGAGAUCUCUGGAGCUGCUCCAGCGCCUCCCUCAGCAUCUUCCACUCGUCAUUCCAUUCCUCCGGCUCCUAUCGCUCAAUCUCCAACAAGUCCGGCAUCUCCGAUCAGGACUCCCUCAGGUCCCGCUGCUGAUUUAGCACGGGUCCUAGCAGGUGGACCAGCUUCUCCCGCAGCCUCUCGAGCAAUCUCUUCUCCUCCUCCCUCCUUUCCCCAUCAGCAGCCAACUCCGGAUGCUUCAGAUGGCGAAGAAGGCCCUCCGCCACAACUUCCGCGGAGACCAAACUCUGAAACCAUGUCUCCUCCAGCUAUACACACCAGCUCCUAUGAAGAGGAAGCCCCUGGUGUGCUACCAUCUCCUCCUUACAACCGAGCAGUACCUCGAUCUGAUAACGACGAUGCGCCUGUUCGAUCGCCAGGGGGUUUUCAUCUUUACAAUAUAAAUGAAAUGGUUUCAGCUAUGGGGCGAAGACGGAAAAUGCCAACUACUUUAGGCAUCAAUAUCGCAACGGGAAUCAUCAUGCUCUCUCCAGAAAAAUCACGAGACGGUCCAUCGCAAGAAUGGACUGCUGAUAAGAUGACUCACUAUUCCAUCGAAGGCAAGCAUGUUUUCAUCGAAUUGGUUCGCCCAAGCAAAAGUCUGGAUCUACACGCCGGUGCCAAAGACACCGCUGAAGAGAUUGUACGCGCGCUCGGAGAGAUUGCUGGGCUGCAUCGUGCGGAGGGUAUUCGAGAGGUCAUCGCGGCGGCCUCGGCGCCUGGCACUCACAAGAAGGGUCAAGUCCUAUAUGAUUUUAUGGCGCAAGGCGACGAUGAAGUUACUGUAGGUGUGGGUGACGAAGUAGUCGUUCUUGAUGACACGAAAUCAGAGGAAUGGUGGAAUGUUAGGCGUUUGAAGAAUGGCGCGGAAGGCGUUGUCCCGAGCAGCUACGUGGAAAUUACUGGGUUAACUGCCAUUGAACCCCCUUCCAGAACAGGUAUUAACGCGGGCAAAUCAGCUGUGGAUCAAAAUCGGUUGGAAGAAGAAAGACUCGCACGGGAAGCAGCCAGAGCUGAUCGAGCUCGGCAAGAGGCAGAGUCUGCUCGAGCUGCUCGAGCAGAAGCGAGCGCCAUUCCCCAACGUGGCAGCAGCUUAGCCGAUGAGACAUCUCAUCGCAGAGAUCGUAAGGAGCGAGAUGACCGCAAAAAGGGCAGAUCGAGGCCCGAUUCGUCAAAGGUGAGAACAUGGACCGACCACUCAGGAACAUUCAAAGUCGAGGCGCAGUUUCUUGCUGUGGCCGAGGGAAAGAUACAUUUACACAAGGUAAAUGGUGUCAAAAUUGCCGUCCCUGUGACAAAGAUGUCGCCGGAAGACCUUGCAUAUGUCGAACAGGUAACGAACGAAUCGAUCGAGGAGCACAUACCAGUGGCUGAUCUGAUUAAGAUGAAACGUCGAAGUCAAGCUUCCGAACAAUCCAAGUCACGAAGCGGAGCAUCGGUUGAUCCGCGAGCACCAGACCAAUCAAAAUCGCCCGAAUAUGACUGGUUCGAUUUCUUCCUCAAAGCAGGCGUUGGGCCACAUCAAUGCGAACGAUAUUCCCAAGCAAUGAUCCGCGACUCCAUGGACGAAUCCGUCCUGCCAGAUAUCACAACGGAUACUCUGAGAACGCUUGGCUUGAAAGAAGGUGAUGCAUUGAAGGUUAUGAAAUACCUUGAUCAGAGAUUUGGCCGAUCCAAGGGGGCGAAUGCCAAUGGAACAAAUGGCGACCCCGGGUUCUCACUCGCAGGACCGAACGGUGUUCUACAGAAUAACACCCGUCGAGGAAGACCAGAAGCAACCCGACAAGUCAGUGACGUGGUUGAUCAAGAAGCGUUCAACAAGGAGUCUGAGGAUAAGCCACACCCAGAGGCCAAGUCUACACCACUCACCCAAGUUCCUGCCAGAGAACCUCAAGGUGGGUUCGACGACGAUGCAUGGACAGUGAAGCCGUCGAAAGCUGCGCCUGCAGCAUCACAGCCAGCUGCUGCCGCUACCCCUGUGGCAAAACCACCCACUGGCGCAGCUAUCGACCUGUCUUUGCUCGAUGCACCUCUUCAGCCAACCCCUGCUGUCCAGCAACAGCCAACGCCACAGCCUCCGACUCCGGCUCCCCCUGCGGCUCCCGUUCUACCCCAGCCUACGACAUCCCCGGCACACGUUCAGCAAACGCAGCAAAUUGGUGCCAAUGCCCAGUUUUUUUCGCAGUUGAAUCAACAGCCUCAGCCUCAAACCACCGGCGUUCAACUUCCACAGAUCAACGCAUCACGACAGAGACCACAAGCGCCUCAGUCAAACCUUACCGGGGUUGGGUUGCUCCCACCCCCUCCUCGGCCAACUUCAGCUCCACAGAACCCACAGCAAAACCAGUUUGGCCUUCAGCCUUUGCAGCCUCAGUUGACCGGUAUUCCACUGACUUCUGCACUUCAAGCACCUCCUGGGCAAAGCCUCAAUGACUUGAAUCAACAGCGUUUGCAACAGCAGUACCAGCAAAUGAGCCUACAGUCACAACAAACCGGAUUUGUGCCUCAACCGCAAGCCCUUGGCCAAUAUGGGCUAGUACCACAUGUUACCGGGUAUCAGCCACAGCCGCAACUUGGACAAUUCCAGCAACCAUACAUCAAUGGUAAUGCUGCUGGAAGUCCUUUUGCAGACCCAAGAUCCACGUUCCAGCCACAACCUACAGGUAUUCCCUUCCAACAAAGCCCACCACCUGGGGGUAUCAACUCUGUACUGCCCCCUGCUCUUCAGCCACAACGAACGGGUUUCACAUCCCCACUCCAACAGAGCCAGACAACCGGCUUCCAGCAGCCAUAUCAGAUCCAACCUUCUGCACCCGGUAUUAUGCAGCCCCAGCAAACUGGUUUUCCACAGGGGCUGCAACCUCAACAAACAAGCUUUGGACAACCUCAAGCGAAUGGCUAUGGGGAUUUCCAGCCACCUCCUGUUCCCCCAAUUCCCCAGAUGCCUACUCCGGCGCCUCUACAGCCACAGAAGACUGGACCAGCGCCUCUAGUCAAGUUUGGCGUGACAGAAGGGAAAAAAUUGACUCCUCAACCAACAGGAAGGCGAGCAAACCUUGCUAAUGCCAGUAAGUUUUUCAAUCUCCAUCAGGUUUAUUUUGAGCAAUGCUGA